AUGACUGUAUGGACAUUAGCGGAAGAUAUAGAUUCUUAUGUGUAUGAAGAAGUUGAGGGAGUAACAACAUCCAAGGCUAUAUUGAAGUUACCAAGGAAGGUGUUAUUUGCCAAUUUGCUUGUAUUCAUUUUAAGUCUUAUGAUCGGGUUUUAUUUGGUUCAUCGUUUUAUUGCAUUUGAAGAAGUACCAUUAGAUUACAAUGAUGAUCUGGAAUUGGAUUUACGAAAUUGUAGAGUUAAAUUUGAGUAUCAUCCAGAGCUAGGAAAACUUUACCUUAAUAAAUACCCAGCUAGAGUUAAACUACGUAGCUGGCUUGCCUUCAAAGCUUCUUCUGGACUUCUACCUCCUCGUAGAAAGUGGAUACAAAUCUUCGACAAGUCAACGGAUGAUACACCGAUAGACUCUACGAAUGUAACGAUCGGUGAAAAUGAAUUGAUUAUAGAACAUGUGUCCGACGUACAAUCUGGGGAAAUGAAGUUAACCAACGGUCAAGGAAUGGGCAAUAACACAAGGGGGUCUAGUCGAAGCAAUGACACAAGGGGGUUCAGUCGAAGCGGGUCUAGUGAGCUGACGCAUAGUGGAGAGUCGGAAGGGAAGUGGUUAAAAGACAGUACCCGUUUGGUAAAAUUGGUUCUGCCAUUGUGGUCGUAUUCUCAGUUUUUGAGUAGUGAUGUUGUCGUCACAGUAUACGAUCGUGACCAUUUCAGUUUUGGUAAUUUAAGGAUCAAAUUUCGACCUGAUGAAACGCCAAUGGAAAUAGAUAGUCAUGAUGUAGUAUUACGGGCAAGAUCGGAGAUUCUUAUGAAGGGUUAUCACGCACAAAUCAUUGCACCGAAUUUAGUGAGUCCUGAAAUAAAGUUGAGUGUUACGCAUGGGUUUAUUGACUUGAAUAUUGAUGCAGAAGAUAAUAGUAGUUUAUCUAUUGAAUCGUCAUCCGCGCCGGUUUUCAUUACUACCAGUAAUCGAGUGGAAUGUACUAUGACCCCUGAGUUAGCACGCAAUGCAUUGCUGCGUACCGUAGGAGGUUAUAUUGACUUGGAGGAAACACCGGAGAAAACAUUAACUGCGAAACUAGGAAGCACACACGGUAACACGAACAGAUUAAAAUUAAACAUUGUAUCCAAUUAUUGCUCAGUAUACAUAACUACCACCAGUACGAUUGAAGGCGCUGCAAUAAUUGAUAAUGCGGUGGAUAACUGUGGUUCAGAUAUGUGUCCGUAUGUCGGCAAUGCUUUAAACUACGAUCCUGAUACGAUAGGAACAGGUUCUAAUAGAGCAGACCAAGCAGACUCUGACCAGAUGUUGAUGGGUACAUGGGCCGGAAGUAAUCAGAUGGAAGCAAAAUAUAACUCAUUGGGUGAGGAAAUGUUUGAAUCAUUUUUGAAGAAGAUUUCGGAUGAUUCUGCACCUGAUAAUAUUAUCUUGGAUAUAACGGUAGAUCGUGAUGGAUAUGGUGAACAGGAUCAUUGGUACUUUGUUUCACAACCUACUUAUUUAUUGAAAAAUUGGUGGCAUUUAUUAUCCAGUGGCGGCACAUCAAGUCCACGAGCUUUGACUGCGAAUGUGCAUAUCACGGGACUAUAUUGCACCAGACAGGAUAUUGCUACUAAUAAUGAAGCUUAUCCCAACAUUGAAGAGCGUAAUAUACCCAUCCCGCAAACUAUUGUAACGAAUACCGCGGAGACAGCCCAAGGACAGUGGUUGAAUUACGGAGGUUUUAUUGAUGAUACAGGACCUACAACUUUGUGCAAACGACGUAUUUGGGUCCGGGAGUACUCUAAAUUCAAUCGCAUGUUACGCAAACACGGGAUCGAUAACCUCAAAUUAUUAUUGGACAUGCAUUCGAAAACUGAAAAUAUUACUAACGGUACUAAUGGGUACGGUACUAAUGGGUAUGGUACUAAUGGGUAUGGUACUAAUGGGUAUGGUACUAAUGGGUAUGGUACUAAUGGGUAUGGUACUAAUGAUGCUCGCGAUUUACUACUGAGAUCCAGUAAGGGUUGGUUUACUCAAGUUGUUCAGUUAACUGAAUUUUCGAAUUUGCGUGAAAAUGUUAUAACUCAAGCAAUUGAUCACACGUCUACUAGAUCUUUCCGGGCGUGCUGCUUACUUAAUCUAAUUGUAUCGUUAGUGUUAGGAUACUACAUAGUUAAAUGGUUUGAUACAAAAUGCCGUGAAUCAAUGAUGCAUAAUGAUAUGAAUGAUAAACGGUUAAACAUUGAGGACAGUAUCCGAUUGCAGCUGUGUAAUGAGUUGCCGGGAAUCAACAUAAAGUGCGUAAGGUAUGAAUCAGAUGAAUGUCCUGCGGUACGGAUUUUAUGGAGUGAACAUAUUGAAUCCAAAUCAUAUUUUGUUAUUGUUCGAUGCGUUGAUAAUAAUCCAAAUGAUCGCGUAAAACUUAUCAGCCAUGGACAAGACCUAUAUGAGACAGACAUACCCAUAUGGAUCGAAUCACAACCAGAGCUACUGUAUACCAAGGGAGGCAUAGCACGAAAUGAGCUUUUAAUCCCUCUAAAAUAUCCAUCAGCAUACGCCGAAAAACAUUUCCAGAUUAGAAGCUCACAAAGAUGGUAUAUCAACCCUCAGAAAUCAUACAGAAUUAUUCUAAUAUGGGAAACACCUUCAAUUUCUAGUAACUGGUCUAAUACAUUCAUGCUCAAUGAAUCAUGGAAAUAUAAUAAUAUACCUGUCAAAUCAUUCUCAAGAAUGUUGUCUUCCAAGGACCCAAAUUCAUUAUCUUUGUUCCUACAUCAUUUUACUGAAAUAAAGCCUUCAAUUAAUAAUACGGAAUUCGUCUUCAAAAACUUUCAACUCGUUGAUUAUUGCCCUAAAAGUAUGGGGAGAAACACGUGUGUGCGACACGUGUGUGCGACACGUGUGCGCGCACUAAAAUUUAUUAUUGCAGACCGCGAGAAUGAAGGAGACCUUUCAAGUCUAACGAGUGAAAUGAUGACAUGUGAAAUAUAUUUUGGUGUGGAUAAUUUAUAUGCAAAGACAAUCGCGAAAUACGAGCCAAAUAUCCCCUGUUGGAAAUCAUUUAAUUUCGAUCAUAAGGAUGAAUCUAGCAAGGUUAGCAAUUACGGUAGGCAACAUGACGUUUUGAGCCGUAUGUUGUCACUAAACAGAACAUCUAGUGGAAAUGUUGUCAAGCUGUCGCCUGCCGAUCAAAAUCUUAUAGUAUCAGUGGAAUUGCAUAGUAAAGUUGGAGGUCGCCAGAUUGCUCGUGGAUCUUUUGAUUUGACGACUUUAGCACCUAAAAUUACUCAUUUAGGUUCUUGGGCGAUUGUUGAUAUAGAGCUUACGAGUAAUGGCAUACAACAAGGCUAUCUCAGAUGUCAGCAUGAUAUAUCGUAUUUUCAACAAUAUCUCGUUUAUCCGGAACUCCGUUAUGGGCCUCCAAAGGCUUCGGAUUCCAUUACUACCCGGUCUCCUAUGACAGCUCGAUCCCAUAAUGAUAUGGGUUCGUACUACGUACCCCCUCGACAAGGUUAUAUACAAAGUCAAAGAGCGGAGUUUUUAUGUGACAUGUUUUAUUUUAUACAUGAUUUCCCUGGUCAAAAUAUCUUUGAAGGAUCACUUAUUUCAUUAGAUCUUGUCCUACCACGGUCGUCGGAAUCAUUUGUUACUGAUGAAAGUUUGACGGUAUACGUUGUUGAAGUUUUCUUGAGAGACAAGAGAGGUUUUCAGCCAACUAGUUUUGUACUGGACAAAUGUACUGAAUAUAACUUUACAGUGAGAGAUGGCUAUCGGUCAGAUGGCUAUCGGUCAGAUGGACUCCGCUAUCGGUCAGAUGGCUAUCGGUCAGAUGGGUAUCGGUCAGAUGGAGUCCGGAAACCUGGCGGUGAAUUUAAAGCGGAAAAGGCUGGUCAGAGUGCGGCGGAAACAUCGAGCGGUCAACAAGUUGAUCUCAUGACAGUGUCAUGGUCAGUAAGGUAUCCGUGGGAAACGAGGUCCACAAUGAGAUUAUCAGAAAAAGCUCGUCAUGAAGCAGCUAUUAAUCAUGGGUCAGCUACAGAUGGGUCAGCUACAGAUGGGUCAGCUACAGAUGGGUCAGCUACAGAUGGAGAAAAGAGUAGUAUGUCGCCUGAUGGAUUUAUGCGUUAUGUAUGCUUCCAAGCCGUGUUAGGAUCACCGAAUUAUGAUCCUGAUUAUGUUGUAGCUACAUCGAACGCGUUUGCAAUUCAUAAGAUUAUAACACUCCAAUAUUUGGAAUUUGCUUAUGCUUCCUUUUGUCGUACGUGUGAGCUAGAGAUGAAGUCUAUAGGUCCAGAAACAUUGCACGUAUAUGGUAUAUCAACAGAGACCCGAAAAGUACGUAUUUGUCGAGGAGUUCGUAAGAAGUUACCGUUUGAAUUAUUUUCAGAGGAGAAUAAAGGGAAGGAGAAUAAAGGCAAGGAGAAUAAAGGCAAGGAGAAUAAUAUAAGGAAAGGGAGUACAUAUGGGAAUACAAAUAAUUUAGGUGGGAAUACAGGUAGAGCUUGGACGGAUGAAGUGCAUGAGUAUACGGGUUUAGGAAAUGAUGAGGGAGGAGAGAUUCAGAAUGGCAGAUGGGAAGAUGGUCGAUGGAGGAAUGAGACGAAGUAUAAGAGGGGUCAUAUCAUUGUGAGACAUGGUCAUGAUGGUCAUGGUCAUGAUGAUGGUCAUGAUGAUGGUCAUGGUGAUGAUUCGUUGUAUGUGAAGUGUUAUGGGCAUUAUGUUGUAUAUCCUAGAUCUAUAACGGUUUCAAUCAAAGGUCAUAAAAGUAUCGUAAAAUCAGAAUGGGAAUGGAUACCUGUUGUACCUUAUCUGAUAUUGAAAUUAGAUCCAUCAUUAUGGAUUACAUCACCAUUAAUUAAUUUAAGUUUAAGAUGUGGUUUAGGAAUGGUUUAUUCAUAUCUUUAUUCGAGUCGUGAAUCAUUAGCUUUGACGUUAUAUAAUGCAGAAACUGAGAAAUCAAUAAUGGUGGAUAUUGAAGAAGUAUGGUAUAUGUUACCUUAUAAUAAUUCUUAUUUUUGGAGGUAUCAAUUCAUUGGUAUUGUAAUACAAAGUAUAAGAAUUGCUUUCAAUGAAUGGUUUAAUUUAGUUACUGAUAUAUGUAUGUCAUGUUGUGUUAUUUACUUAGGAUGCUGGAUAGAAUCAGUUCCUUUAAGUCAAUAUCUAUUCCCAGAUGCUCGAUUACAUCAUUUACCAAUUUAUAUACAAUUACCAUGGCUAUUAACAAUCAUAACUCAAAUACUUGAUUUAAUACAUGACUCACCAUCUAACUUCACCAUUGGUCCUGCAUGGAGAUCAUUAUGGAAUUGCUGUAGAAUAUCCAGACUAACCAGACUUGGUAUUCUAGUCGUCGUUACUUGCGGCUUCAUAUUCUGGCUUCUUGCUAGCAUACUAUGCUGGACAGAUAAUAAUUUCCCUUUACUAGUCGUCAUUGGGGCAUCUGGAUUCUUAACCUACUCCAUUAAUGCUUCAUUUAAUGAGUCACGAAUAAUUGUCGAAACAUUUACCCGACAACAUCUUAACGAUUUACUGCUAGUUGCUCUACAAAAUUGGUUUGACAAACACACAUUCGGCUUAGAUAAACACACGUUCGGCUUAGAUAAACACACAUUCGGCUUAGAUAAACACACCUUCGGCUUAGAUAAACACACAUUCGGCUUAGAUAAACAUGCUCUGGGAUUAGACAUCCUCACUAAUAAGUACAGUAAUACUUCUACAAAAGUCAGCCAGGAAAGCCCUCCUUCCCACUCUGAUUUUAUACAUGAUGAAGCGGUUUUGGCACUUACAGAAAUACCGCCUCAUCAAAAUCUAACUCCCUGGGAGCAGUCGUUUGUGGUUACUAGAGCGCAGCUACGGAAAAGAAUUGUGCUCGGUGGAAAAAUUGUAAGCUGGACCUGCUGCCUCUGGUUCAGCGCUGAUGAUGACCCGAUGAUUGUUCGAUCGGUAAGUAAAACCAUAUUCAAAGUCUCAGGAGGCUUUCUGGAUACACUCCCCUUCAUGGGCAGGCUAUUAGCCGCCCAGGAUGUUAAUACCAAGAUCACUAUAAAUGAAAUUGUUCAAAUUCUUGAACAAGGAAACAUCAAGGAAGCUUUAAUCGACAGCGCCACUAUUACUGUUAAACAUAAAAGAUUCCGUGCCAUUCCCAUUACAGCACCGUCCGCAACGAAGAGAUAUAAAGCAGCAAUCGUAUGCUUGCCAUUGUUUCCUCCUUCAGAUAAAUUAACAUUCAGUGAAAGGAUCAGUAUGAUAUUCUGCUUGUUUGAUGACAAACAGCUCGGACGAUGGGGACCUGAUGAAUUUCAACGGUGGUGCACUGAGCUAAAGAAGCCAAUGCUCCAACAUGGUGGUUGGCCGAGUGUUCGAAAACGUUUGCACACACUUUAUGGGAUGAAAAUUCACCCCGCUUUGGGUCUGACAGUGCAUGAUCUAGAGAUGUAUUAUGCUUCUGUGAAAUCUCUCGAUUUUGACUACACUAUAUUGUUCAAUGGGACAUCUGGAAACACUUCUCUGACGCCGGUAAUGGAUGAUGCUGGCAAUGCAGAUGGUACUGACAACAAAAGCGCACAAGAAGAGAGCGACCAGGAGGACCGGAUUGAGAGAUUUGUAGGCGGCAAUUGGCUAGGUGGCGGAACUGAUCGCGUGAAGACCAUAGAUUUGGUGGCUUCGAGGCUGCAGGUCAUGUAUAAUCAUAUCACUACCCGCAAGCGGCGCACUGUGCUGGAGGAGCUGGCGGCGAAGAGUGACAGUCUGAUAUAUGAAUUACGGGAUAUUCAGGGCGACAUGCUGGUGCCUGUAUUGGGUAAACUCCGAGGUCGAGAGAAAGCUCAGACUCAGACUUACCGCUUUGUUGCCGAUUGCUAUGCAGGCAUGUUGGUGGAUGCAGGUAACCUGGCCGGGCAACUGGUGAAGGUAUCAUCUGCGAUCGAUGUUCAAGCAUCUCUAAGUGAAUUUUUCGACGUGGUCUGGCCUGAGACAUGUAUCCGCAUUGCAGAAGGUAUUCUGACGGCUACAAACAGAUCUGUGUUAUCGGCGGAUAAUGUAGUGGAGAAUAGUCGGCGUGCCCAUGUUCUUGAUCCGCAUGUCAUUUUAAAAGUUUACGACGGUUUAAGGCCUCGGUUAGAGCAUGAAUUUAAUCUCGAAUGCAAAAAUCUCCAACCCACAUCCUCUUCUUAUAAGAGGAAACGUGUGUGCGCACUAUGUAGAGCGUUCGUUCUCACGCACCUGAUAGAUGAAGAAGAGUGCAUCGGAUUUGAGGAAGUACCAGACAUUGAUUCCAGCGCCAUCUUUGAUGAUGACCGACUGACUCCGGAUUGCCUGGAUUAUUACGAGCCAAUGAACCCUGAGUUGUAUGAUUUCUUUACUGAGUAUAUCAAUGAUCAGAUUACAGGUUAUGCUGCAAUUCAUGAUGCUCUCCUGGCGAUCUUGUCGUCAUGUCUCUGGAAGGAAGUGUAUCUCUUCUACCUGAAGCUUAUUGGUUUAGAUCCUAAGACGAGUCAUAUUUAUCCGUUGGUUAGAAAGCAGCUAUCUGUCGAAGGGCUAAGGGGUAGGCGUCGCCGUCCAAGUGUAGGUUCCAGUGUUUUGGCUGGACAGGGUGUUGGAGGUAGAGCUACAUCGAUAGAUAUGGUGGGUGGUAGUAUGAAGUAUGCUUUGAAUAAGCAUGCUUUGGAUAGGUAUGUCUUAAACUAUGAUGCAGCAGUCGACGUCUUUCGGGAGUGUAGUGGCAAUGGUUGUUUCCUUACGGUCAAGUUAAUCAAUGAGGUGGUGCAUAAAAUUAUUGAUAAUUCGAUCCCGACGUUGGCAGUGUAUAGUUGUCUGGAAUCGGUAGGUUUGGAUAUUUCGAUACCAUUUGCAAGCAACCAGAGCUUAUUGGAAGUGAUUGAUGAUGUGGUGUUCAAAAGAAGUGCUCGUGAUUCAACCGACUUGUACCGUUUAGAUGUAAUGAUGCCACUCAAGAACGUGUUCGAUACGGGUAUGGAUAUCACGAACGCUGCGCAAGUUAAUUUAGAACCAGGUUUUGUGGAAUUUCUUCAGUCUGUGUGUAAAGAAGGCUAUAUUACUCGAAGCGAAUUAUUGUCGGCUUGUCGUUACAUAUUGGAGAACAUAGUUUCAGUUGAGCAAGAGAAGGCUGUGCGUCUAUUUCGUGGUGUUCAGACAGCGCCAGGAUUCCGUGUUGCUUGUGUGACGUUUGAUAUGUUACAUAAAGCACUGAAGGAUAUUGGCUAUACUCAUUCACGAUUACAAUCUGAAAUUUAUUGGUUGGCAGCAUGUCGCCAGAUUUCAUUAAAUGAUCGUAUCGAGUAUAUGUUGCCAUCAUCAUGUUUCACGGAAUUAUUGAUGCAUGCGACAAUGCAGAUUACGUUGCCGAAUGGUGUACCUUGGAAUUGGACUAAGAGGACUUUGAUGGCGGAGACAGCCAUCGGUGUUAUGUCCUAUAAUGUGUUUCGGAGAAUGGUUACCGAUAUUGGUCUUGAAUUUGACGGAGAGUCACAACUGGUAUUAUGGAAAGGUCUUCCAAAAUCAUACCUCGACAUCGGGCACUAUCUUGGUAGUGUCAUCGGACAUCGGCGGGCGUCGAACCGGCGACCUCCCGGUGUCCAGUUGGUCACGCCACCAGAUAUACCUAUCGAACAUCAGUUCGUGAGCAUCCCAUGGUUUUAUUCCGAGUUCCCGCGCGUCGUUAUGCGCGGUACUUGGCCACGCGCCAUCCGUCAUCUCGCACAACAAACACUGGAUCGCAUCCAAGCGACAAAAGAACGUGUGCGCGUAGACCGAGCCGUAGUGGACAAUGCUAUCCGGAAUUCCACGAACGUUUUCGACCAACUUGGCCUCAUCAAAUACGAGAAAGUACCAGAGAUUCUUAGCAACAUCUACGCUAAAGGUAUGACCGAGAUCGAAUUGUUCGAAUGCUUGAAAGACAUGAAUCUCACCAUUCCAACCGCUCUCGUGCGCAAAAUGUUUGCCUCUAUGGACGUCAAUAAUGACCGCACACUCGAUAUGGGUGAAGUACUCGGUGGAUUCGAAAUGCUCUUCGUCAGCCUCAUACCUGACCUCCUCUCUGCCGCGGUCGGAGUCACACCGCAGAAUAACAUUCUUUCUAUCGUCCGCGCUAUCGGGAUGCUCCUUAUCUUCUUCGUCUUCAUCGCUCUCUCCGCCUCCUCCUUCGGUGUCGCCGGACUUGACUCUAACUCCAACGCCAUGCAAAGCAUCCUCGCAGUCGCCGGAGCCAUCACUCUACAAGCCAGCAACGCCCGAGAUCCCGAAGACGUCAAACGACUAACAAUGGAACGCAUGCGACUCAUUAUGGGUCCCCGGUUCGAAUCCAUGCUCGACCAGGCUCGCAGAUUACGGCUUAACUGGCAACCAACUGGUAGCGAAGCACGCUAA